AUGAGCAUUACUGAUGUCCCUGAGGCUCUUGAAUACCGCAUGGAAGUGCUUGACACCGAAGUUUCCUCUCAAUUAGUCGUUUCUUCGUGUUUACCUUUGUUGAUCAUCAUGGCUAGUCUUAUUGCAAUCCUCGAUCUCAAGGGAAAGCCGCUGAUCCAGCGGUCGUACCGAGACGAUGUCCCCGCAUCCUAUGUCGAGCGCUUUCUACCUUUGGUGCUGGAAAUCGAAGAGGAGGGUCAACAAGUCACUCCCUGUUUCUCCAGCCAGGGCAUCAACUACAUGCACAUCCGACAUUCCAACCUCUAUCUGCUUGCCCUUUCUAAACGAAACUCUAACGCUGCUGAGACAAUUCUGUUUCUCCACCGCCUUACCCAGGUACUCGUGGAAUACUUCAAAGAGUUGGAGGAAGAGAGUAUUCGCGAUAACUUCGUGAUCAUAUACGAGCUUAUGGACGAGAUGAUGGAUUUCGGGUAUCCGCAAACUACAGAAAGCAAGAUUCUCCAAGAAUACAUCACGCAAGAGUCGCACAAGCUCGAAAUCCAAGUGCGUCCUCCGCCAGCGAUUACAAACGCCGUGUCUUGGCGAACGGAGGGAAUACGGUACAGGAAAAACGAAGUUUUCUUGGAUGUCAUCGAGAGCGUGAAUCUCCUCGUGAAUGCUAAGGGAGACGUCGUCCGCUCUGAGAUUCUUGGUGCCGUGAAGAUGAAGUGUUAUCUGUCCGGCAUGCCAGAGCUCAGACUUGGGCUCAACGACAAAGUCAUGUUUGAAAGCACUGGUCGCACUGCAAGAGGCAAGGCUAUUGAAAUGGAAGACGUCAAAUUCCACCAAUGUGUACGGUUAUCACGAUUUGAAAACGACCGCACGAUCUCCUUUAUCCCUCCGGAUGGGGAAUUUGAGCUUAUGUCUUAUCGCCUGUCGACGCCCGUAAAACCGCUGAUAUGGGUGGAAGCUGCUGUCGAGAGCCACAAAGGAAGUCGGGUGGAAUACAUGGUCAAAGUCAUCGCUCAGUUCAAGAGGAGGAGCACCGCGAACAACGUCGAAAUCUACGUCCCAGUCCCUGAUGAUGCAGAUAGCCCCAAGUUCCGCGCGUCCACCGGCACGGUGCAAUAUGCCCCUGACAAAAGCGCCUUCGUGUGGAAGAUUAAGCAACUGGCCGGCGGGAAGGAGUUUUUGAUGCGUGCGCAUUUCGGUCUGCCCAGCGUUAAGAACGAACACGAUAACGAGAAACGGGCCCCCAUUACCGUCAAAUAUGAGAUCCCUUACUUUACGGUCUCUGGCAUCCAGGUCAGAUACCUGAAGAUUGUGGAGAAAAGCGGUUACCAGGCUCUGCCAUGGGUCCGCUAUAUCACUCAAAAUGGGGACGAUUACAGCCUGCGCACAGCACACGAGAAGGGUAGUGCCCCCAUUAGACAGAGCACGUAGCGCAUG